GUAGUCGGUCCGGGUCGCUCCGGGACUCCGCCAAAAUACGGACUCCAAUUUAAUCGAACGCUAACACAACCAGCAGAAUACCACCGUUUAAAAAACCAUCAUUUCAAAAGUAUUAAAUGAAUGAAACUUUCAUCGAACCAACCGUUGAAAUCGUUUCUCGAAAACUUCCGGGUAUUUUUCGCGGUUUCGCUAAGAUUUUUUCCUUUUUUUGAUUUAAGACACGGAUUUGUCCGUGAAAAGUGACAGAUCCUGGCUAGGACAAAAAGGAUGAGAUAAGAAAUAUUUUCCUAUGGAUUCGAGGAAAAAAUAGGAAAAAUAAUUCGAACUAUUUGGGGGGAUUUUUUUGUGGGGGGUGGGUUUGGUUGUUUUUUUGGGAAAAGUGAAGAAUUAUGGCUACGCCAUCGGAUAGUCCAAUUGAAGAGGUUGUUUAUGAAAUCGAGCCAAGUAGAGUACCGAAACCGAUUCCAGUUGCUUUAGAAGAUUUGUGCAGAUUGACCAAAUUUACUAGACAAGAAAUUAGGAUUAUGUAUAGAGGAUUUAAAUCGGAAUGUCCCGAAGGGGUUGUCCACGAAGACUCCUUUAAGGAAAUCUACUCCAAGUUUUUUCCGCACGGAAAUGCAAGCCUCUAUGCGCACUACGUGUUCAAAGCUUUUGAUGUAAAUUGCAAUGGUGCCAUCAGUUUUAGGGACCUGCUUAUAACUUUAUCGACACUUCUCCGCGGUUCCGUUUACGAACGUCUUCGUUGGACGUUCAAAUUAUACGAUGUAAACGGUGACGGUUGUAUUAGUCGCGGAGAACUGUCAGAAAUCGUCGUCGCAGUACAUGAAUUGAUGGGCAGAAGAGCACAUCAAGUCGAGGACGAUCGAAAAGCCCGGGAACAAAUAGACAGGGUGUUCCGAAAAUUAGAUCUAAAUCAAGAUGGCGUCAUAACCAUAGAAGAAUUUAUGGAAUCAUGUUUGAAAGACGACGUUAUAACGAGAUCUUUACAAAUGUUCGAUGCUGUACUAUGAUGAUUUUAAAUUUAUUAAUAAUUUUUUUUUAUUUGAAAACGUUUCGCAUUCAUUUCGUAAUUAAUUUAUGAGCCACUCUGAUGUUCUUAUGAGUAAAAAAAUUCUUAAUCGAUGCUGCUUCCGAAGGUUUAACGAGAAAGGUAAGGAAAUUGACAAGAUGAUGAAAAAUUUAAAUGGGAAUUAUUUUAAAAAAGGAAAUUAUAAAAAAAACACCGAGAUAACAGAUUA